CUGGCUGUGGAAUCAUUUCGCUCGAUAUGUGUUCAGGAUCGUAAAGUGCACAGUGUCAUUGUGGAGCUAUUUGGUGCAGUGGCUGCUACUUCGGGCUCGGUAUUCGACAGCAAAAUUAGUUUGCUGGCGCAUUAUGCACUCACGUUACCCUGCGUGGUUGUAAGACAUCUGCCAUUGAUAUCGGCUUGCAUGACUUCGAUUUGUCAACUGCCAGCGAGGCUACUAAGAUCGAGCAGUUACCAGUCAUUGCUAAUAUUUGUGGCAAAAUUGAUGAUCGAUUUGGCACCACACUCUUUCAAUGAAGAUGAUCGUCUGCAAACUAUCCUGCAAUCAUUUUUUUCUUUAUUUGAGAAUGUUGGACAUGGACGGACGUGGAUGCCACUGGCGCAGGUGCUGCAGAAUGUUUGUGCGACAUACUUGGAGCAAAAUCCAAAAGCAGCUGCUCCGUAUUUUUUAACACAGACCGAAGCAAUCAAGCAGUUAUGCGCCUGUGUGGAAUCACCGGCUGCCAAAAUGCUCAGCGAUGCGAUUGCUCGGUUAAGUAGAAAGAUGAUCAUUUAA